CCACCAUUAAAUGAACUGGCUAAUCAACGCGUGGUACUUACAGUAGUUUUUGUAACUUUUUGCAAAAGAAUAAUUAUAAUAUCCAUUAUUGAUUGUUGAGACAACGUUAUUGCCCGAGAUGGAUCAGGAAAGAGCCAAUGUUUUGUUUCGAGAAGGAGCCAUGUUGAUCUUUUUGGAUGUUCCUGAAGGUACUGAAUUCGGAAUUGAUUAUAACUCGUGGAACGUUGGACCAAGCUUUCGAGGAAUUAAAAUGAUACCAGCAGGUGUUCAUUUUAUAUACUACAGUGCAUGUAACAGUACUGGUCAGGUGGCUCCAAGAACUGGCUUCUUUUACAAUUUCCAGCCUCAUGAGAUUGUCGUCAGGAAGUGGAAUAAAUACAAUGAAGAUAUAGAGGAAGAAUCGGUAUCGCCUGAGGAGCUAGAAAGAUACGACUCCAACAAAAAGGAAAUGGAUCGUUUUCUCGGCCCAUAUCCAUAUGAAAGUUACAAAAAAUGGAUUUCCAUGACAAAUCAUAUUUCUCCGAGCCUCCUGGAGAAGUUGUUGCCUGACUGUAGAAAGAUUUCGUCCGUUACACAAUUUGUGUCACUGCCCAGCACCACACAGUCACGAAAAUCUCAAGCCGAACAGGAAAGAAUGGACACAGAUGCAGACGACAGCAGUGCACCCAAAAAGCCAAAACUUCCCGACAUGCAGGAAAAGCCAGGCACACGGAUUCACUACACGUGUAUCGAGAAACACAACUACCCCUCGGGAGCUUCGGCUGCCGAGAUCACCAAAUACAGCAUGGAUUCCUCGUACGCCUUGGAGCUCAUCCUCACCACCAGAUACCCAGACAGUCACACGGACAUCCUUGGCGAGAUCCAGUUCGCAUUCGUCUGUUUUCUGGUCGGUCAGAAUUACGAUUCGUUCGAGCAGUGGAAGAAGCUGGUUCACUUGUUGUGCACAUGCGAGGAAGCAUGUAAGAAACACAUUCACCUGUUCUCACAGCUCAUAGGAGUGCUUCAUUUCCAGAUCCGCGAAAUUCCCGAGGACUUCUUUGUCGAUAUUGUGUCGAAGAGCAACUUCUUGACGUCCACGUUACAGCAGUUUUUCUCCACUCUAGAGAACGGAAAUGUUGACGUGGCAUUACGGAGAAGGGGGUUGAAGUUCCGGGAUCAUUUGACGGAAAAGUUUAAGUGGGAUUUUAUUUCUGAUCCGGAAGAGGAUGCACCAGUUGUCGUGGAAACUGAUACAGCUACUGCUAUUUCUGCCAGCUAGAGUCGAACAUUUAGCAGUGUUCGACAAAUCCAGUAGCCCUCGGCCCUGGCUAGUGACUGUUUGGUCUGGGCUAGUAAACAUAACCAACCAAAUUACUAUAAUACAUUGGACACUAUACAAGGCUUCUGUAAGGGCUAGUGACUGUUUGGUCUGGGCUAGUAAACAUAACCAACCAAAUUACUAUAAUACGUUGGACACUAUACAAGGCUUCUGUAAGGGCUAGUGACUGUUUGGUCUGGGCUAGUAAACAUUACCAACCGAAAUUACUAUAAUACGUAGGACACUAUACAAGGCUUCUGUAAGGGCUAGUGACUGUUUGGUCUGGGCUUGUAAACAUUACCAACCAAAAUUACUAUAAUACGUAGGACACUAUACAAGGCUUCUGUAAGGGCUAGUGACUGUUUGGUCUGGGCUUGUAAACAUUACCAACCAAAAUUACUAUAAUACGUAGGACACUAUACCAGGCUUCUGUAAGGGCUAGUGACUGUUUGGUCUGGGCUUGUAAACAUUACCAACCAAAAUUACUAUAAUACGUAG